AUGUCUGAAGUACAAGGAACGGUUGAGUUUUCUGUAGAGCUACAUAAAUUUUAUAAUGUGGAUCUCUUUCAGAGAGGGUAUUACCAGAUCCGAGUGACCUUGAAGGUGUCCUCAAGGAUCCCCCACAGACUGAGCGCCUCCGUCGUCGGGCAGACAGACGGCAACAGCCUGCACUCCGCCUGCGCCCACGAGAACGCCGUGCACAGCCGGAUCUUUCAGAUCUUAUACAGGAAUGAAGAGGUGCCCAUCAAUGACGCCGUCAUCUUCCGAGCUCAUCUGCUCUUAGACGGAGAAAGGGUGGAAGAGGCACUAAGUGAAGUCGAUUUUCAGCUCAAGGUGGAUCUCCACUUUACAGACAGUGAACAGCAGCUGAGGGACGUGGCGGGGGCACCCCUGAUUAGCAGCCGCACGCUCGGCCUGCACUUCCACCCCCGAAGAGGCCUGCACCACCAGGUCCCCGUCAUGUUCGACUAUUUCCACCUGUCGGUGAUCUCGGUGACCAUCCACGCGGCCCUGGUGGCUCUGCAGCAGCCCCUGAUCAGUUUUACCCGUCCGGGAAGAGGGUCCUGGCUUGGUAAAGGCGGCCCAGACGCGGGACCGGAGCAGUCCAGCCUCUCUCUGGAGAACCUGGUCUUCGGAGCUGGGUACUGCAAGCCGACUUCCUCGGAGGGGAGUUUCUAUGUGCCCUCGGAGAACUGCAUGCAGCACGCACACAAGUGGCACCGAGAGCUGUGCUUCCUGCUCCUGCACGCCUACCGGGGGCUCCGCGCCUACUUCCUGGUCAUCAUGAGGGACGUCCCCGAGCUGCCGCACACGGAGCUGGAGUCCCUUGCUGUUGAGGAAACGCUUUCUCAGCUGUGCUCCGAGCUACAGGUAAUUAGAAAACUGGUCCUGAUACAGACCCACAGCCAGCUGUCUCUGGACAUCCGGAAUUCAGAGUAUCUCACCACCAUGCCCCCGCUGCCCGCGGAGUGUCUGGACAUCGAUGGUGACUGGAACACCCUGCCGGUUAUCUUUGAGGACAGAUACGUGGACUGCCCUGCAACAGGGCACAGUUUGAGUGUUUCCCCUAAUUUUGAUGUUCAAACAAGUCCCGCAAUAAUGAAUCUGAAAGACAGAGAAGAGAGCCCUGUUGUAAAUAGAAAAUCACCUUUCAGGGAAGACCUUGUCUUGCCCGCCAUGAAACCACCCCAGAUGGACUCUGACGAGGAAGUUCUGAGGUGUUCAGAGGCAGAUGACAGUGCAGCUACACCAAAACACGCGGAUGUGUGCUCCGAAUCUCAGGUGUAUCUGACAAUCGGUGAGGUCCAGAACAAGGCAGGUUUGCCUGAAGAUGAAUGUUGGGCUGGCCCGAGGGCCGAUGUUGGAACACGUCCCCUGGCAGAUGAGGACCUGCCCAGAAGGAGGCCAGGUCCAGAGGAUGGCCAGCCCCCGGUACUCACCUACAUUGAUGUGAAAUCUAGCAAUAAGGACCCGUGCGGCCCUGAACCCACGGUGGUCGUUAGUGCUCAGCACGAGAGUGGGCACUCCCGAGAUAACUAUGAACCCGCCAGAACUGUGCCGGGCAAGGAGGUAUCAGGUACAAGUGGUCCACAUGCCAUCUCUUCAGAGAAAGCAACACUCCGUGAGUUAAGUCCUCUAGGAAAGGUUGCAGACCGAGACGGCAAGGUGGUGCUGCUAAGCCUGAAGCUCAUCCCCUCUGAGCCCUGCGAUCCACUGAACUCUGCUUUGAGGGAUCCCUUGGAUGUUAGGGCUUCCCCAAAGGACCCUCCCUCAGAGGAGCAGGAGGAAGUGUCGGUGCUCUCUGGGGUCAUCAAGAGAUCUUCUUCCGUCGUCUCCGAUUCAGGCAUUGAGAGUGAGCCGAGCUCUGUCGCUUGGUCCGAGGCGCGAAGCAGGGCCCCGGAGUUACCCAGCGACCGGGAAGCCUUGCACCAUCUGCUUCGAAGACACGGCCUGCACAGGAACUCCUUGGAGGGCGGACACACGGAGAGCAACACGAGUUUGCCGAGCGGGAUCCAGGCAUCCCUCACCUCCAUUAGCUCUUUGCCUUUUGAGGAGGAGGAACGGGAGUUGGCCCUCACCAAGUUGACCAAGUCCGUAUCUGCACCCCAGAUCAGUAGCCCGGAAGAGUCUGCUGGAGACACAGACGCCAUGCAGCAAAGUGGGCCUCUUGCUGAAAGUUGCACUGUGCCCGUCGAGACCAUAGACUCCCCGGGAUCCAGGACGCGGGACGCUGGGGCACAGGUGGUUUCAGGUGCCGACAACCAGCAGGGCCCCGGUUACAUAGACAUCCCCAAAGGUAAAGAGAGUCAGUCUGAGCCUCAAGGACCUUGCUGUCUUGAUGGCAGGACGGAGAACCCUCCAGGUGUGGAAACCAAAGUUCUUCAUUUAAAAAUACCGCGUAUCAUAGCCCUUGAAAACCCUGGGAAUGGAUCUUUCCCUAGAGUACUAAAGGAGACCCCAAAGGGCAUGCCUGAGGACUUGAAACUGGAGAAAGGAGCUCGUUUCCACAGCAGCAUCUCAGAUGAUGAGACUGUUGCCCACCGUACGGUGCCUGCGUUGAACUAUACCGCAGUUGCUGACGCCGUCGACCUGGGCUCAGCAGGCAAGCAGAGCAGCUCACCUUGUAUCAUGGAUGAUGCAGAGUUCAGCAAGGGAGCCAAUGCUGUCCUGGAGGCUGGGCGUGAAGCGGGCACUGCGUGCCCCACCGUGACCCACUCCGUUCACUCCCAGGUCUUAGGAGACCAAGAGCCAAGGGCAGGCACUUCCGUUAUGGUGUCCCACCUGCCCCCGGCAGAGACCUUCACCCUGGACAGCCUGAAAGCCGUGGAGGUCGUCAACCUGUCCGUGUCUUGCACUGCCACGUGUCUCCCUUUCUCGUCUGUGCCCAAGGAGACCCCUGCCAGGGCCGGAUUCGCUUCCAAACAGACCCCAUUGCCCAUCACUCACCAACCUUUGGGUUCCUUUGGAGUCGUUUCCACUCAUUCCAGCAAGUUGGAGGAAGAAGUCAGUGAGAGGAUGUUCAGUUUUUAUCAGGCCAAAGAAAAAUUUAAAAAAGAACUGAAGAUUGCUGGAUUUCUGUACAGUGACUUAUCUGUACUAGCUUCUGAUAUACCGUAUUUCCCACCAGAGGAAGAGGAAGAAAAUUUGGAAGAUGGGAUUCACCUGGUAGUCUGUGUCCAUGGCCUAGAUGGGAACAGUGCAGACCUCCGCCUGGUGAAGACUUUCAUAGAGCUGGGACUUCCGGAAGGAAAGCUGGACUUCCUAAUGUCCGAGAAGAAUCAGGUGGACACAUUUGCAGACUUUGAUACCAUGACAGAUCGCUUGUUGGAUGAGAUCAUUCAGCACAUCCAGCUGUACAACCUCUCCAUAUCCCGAAUUAGCUUCAUUGGCCACUCCCUUGGCAACAUCAUCAUCCGGUCGGUCCUAACGCGGCCCCGGUUCCGGUAUUACCUCAACAAACUGCACACAUUCCUGUCGCUGUCCGGGCCUCACCUGGGGACCCUGUACAACAACAGCACGCUGGUUAGUACAGGCUUGUGGCUCAUGCAGAAAUUAAAGAAAUCCGGGUCCCUUCUGCAGCUGACCUUCAGGGAUAAUGCUGAUCUACGCAAAUGUUUCCUCUACCAACUCAGCCAGAAAACAGGUCUGCAGUAUUUUAAAAAUGUCGUGCUGGUAGCUUCUCCCCAAGAUCGCUACGUGCCAUUUCAUUCAGCCCGGAUCGAGAUGUGCAAAACUGCCCUCAAAGACAGACAUACGGGGCCCGUGUACGCGGAGAUGAUCAAUAACCUUCUGCGCCCUCUGGUUGAGGCCAAGGACUGCACUUUGAUCCGACACAACGUGUUCCACGCCUUGCCCAACACUGCCAACGCCCUGAUUGGCCGCGCCGCCCACAUCGCCGUGCUGGACUCAGAGCUCUUCCUGGAGAAGUUCUUCCUGGUGGCGGGGCUCAAAUACUUCAAGUAG